GCUGUGACCCGACCGCUCCAGCUCCAUGGCUACACCUGACGGUGGUGGUUGAAGGACCUGGUGCUGCCAGCGGAGACUGACCUGGAAUCGAAAAUGAACUGGGGGUCCUUUUACGCCGUGAUCAGCGGCGUAAACAGGCAUUCCACCGGGAUCGGCCGGAUCUGGCUGUCUGUCAUCUUCAUCUUCAGAAUCCUGGUCCUCGUGGUGGCGGCCGAGUCGGUCUGGGGCGACGAGAAGUCUGGCUUCACCUGCAACACCCAGCAGCCCGGCUGCAACUCUGUCUGCUAUGACCAGUUCUUUCCCAUCUCACACAUCCGCCUGUGGGCCUUGCAGCUCAUCCUGGUGUCCACGCCUGCUCUCCUAGUGGCCAUGCAUGUAGCCCAUCGCAGACACAUCAACAAGAAGAUCCUGAAGAAGUCCGGGCGCGGUUCCCCUAAGGAGCUGGAACAACUCAAGAACCAGAAGUUUGCGAUCACAGGCGCCCUCUGGUGGACCUACAUGAUCAGUGUGCUGUUUAGGAUUGUUCUGGAAGUCUGCUUCCUUUAUAUAUUCUACUUGAUCUACCCUGACUUCAAGAUGUUCCGUCUGGUCAAGUGUGACUCGUACCCCUGCCCCAACACUGUGGACUGCUUCGUGUCACGACCCACGGAGAAAACCAUCUUCACCGUGUUCAUGCUCUCCGUGUCGGGGGUGUGUGUUCUCCUCAACCUGGCCGAGGUGGCCUACCUGAUUGGCAGAGCCUGUCUGAGGUGUAUCCAUGGUAACCAGGAAGAGACUAAAGUAGCAUGGAUCGGUCAAAAACUGUCCUCCUACAAACAGAAUGAAAUCAACCAGAUGAUCGCUGACCAGUCGAAGUUCAAGUUCAACAUGGGAGCUAGGAAGACCUCUAUGGAGAAGGGAGAGAGGUGCUCUGCUUUCUGAUAGGCUGCCCUGGAAGGGAGAGAGGUGCUCUGCUUUCUAAUAGGCUGCCCUGGAAGGGAGAGAGGUGCUCUGCUUUCUGAUAGGCUGCCCUGGAAGGGAGAGACGUGCUCUGCUUUCUAAUAGGCUGCCCUGGAAGGGAGAGAGGUGCUCUGCUUUCUAAUAGGCUCCCCUGGAAGGGAGAGAGGUGUUCUGCUUUC